AGCGCCGUUGCGCGCCGAGUCGUCGAACGGAGGCCCCGAGCGGUCCGGCUCCCCGCCGGCCGCCGGCCACCCGCUCGCCGGGUCGGCUGUAGGGGGCGCCCUCAAGAGAGGGGCGGAGCGCUGCUGUUCCAGAGACAGGCCGGCAGGGCUGCCGCCGCGGCCGGGCCUUUCCGCGUUACACCUAGGCACCUUCUCAGCUCCGGCAGUCGCCGCUCCCGGCCGCUCGGCCCUCCAGCCGCCGCCAUGAGGCUGCGCGUGCGGCUCCAGAAGCGGACCUGGCCGCUGGAGCUGCCCGAAGCGGAGCCGACCCUGGGGCAGCUGCGCGCCCACCUGAGCCAGGCCCUGCUGCCCACCUGGGGGUACAGUUCUGAUACCCGAUUUGCAAUUACAUUGAACAACAAGGAUGCCCUUACUGGAGAUGAAGAGACCUUGGCUUCAUAUGGGAUUGUUUCUGGGGACUUGAUAUGUUUGAUUCUUGAAGAUGCCAUUCCAGCACCUAAUUUACCUUCAUCCACAGAUUCAGAGCAUUCCUCACUCCAGAAUAAUGACCAACCCUCUUUGGCCGCCAGCUCCAAUCAGGCCAUUAUACAGGAUGAACAACUGAGUGAUUCAUUUCAAGGACAAGCAGCCCAAUCUGAUGUCUGGAAUGAUGAUAGUAUGUCAGGGCCUAGUCAGAAUUUUGGAGCCGAGUCAAUUCAAGAUGUGGAUGUGGAAGAGGGCCCAGGUUUCUCUCCCUCAGAACCCAUGCUCUGCAGUGAAUCCGAGGAAGGACAAGUGCCACAUUCCUUGGAGACCUUGUAUCAAUCAGCUGACUGUUCUAACGCCAAUGAUGCCUUGAUAGUGUUGAUACAUCUUCUCAUGUUGGAGUCAGGUUACAUACCUCAGGGUACCGAAGCCAAAGCAGUGUCCAUGCCGGAGAAGUGGAAGUCCAGUGGGGUGUAUAAGCUGCAGUACACGCACCCUCUUUGCGAGGGUGGCUCUGCUGCUCUCACCUGUGUGCCUUUGGGAAACCUGAUUGUUGUAAAUGCUACACUAAAAAUAAACAAUGAGAUUAGAAGUGUGAAAAGAUUGCAGCUGCUUCCAGAAUCUUUUGUUUGCAAAGAGGAACAAGGGGAAAAUGUAGCCAAGAUUUACAAAGAUCUUCAGAAGCUCUCCCGCCUCUUUAAAGACCAGCUGGUGUAUCCUCUUCUGGCUUUUACCCGACAAGCACUGAACCUGCCAGAUGUAUUUGGGUUGGUCGUCCUCCCAUUGGAGCUGAAACUACGGAUCUUCCGACUUCUGGAUGUCCGUUCUGUCCUGUCUUUGUCUGCAGUUUGUCGUGACCUCUUUAUUGCUUCAAAUGACCCACUCCUGUGGAGGUGUUUAUAUCUGCGGGAUUUUCGAGAUAAUACUGUCAGAGUUCGAGACACAGACUGGAAAGAACUUUACAGGAAAAGGCACAAACAAAGAAAAGAAGCCCAGAGGCGACAAGUGAUGUUCCUGCCUUCGUCACCCCACUCUAUUCCAUUCUAUCCCAACCCCUUGCACCCCAGGCCCUUUCCUCCCAAUUCCCUCCUUCCUCCAGGGAUUAUUGGGGGUGAAUAUGAUGAAAGACCAACACUUCCCUAUGUUGGGGACCCAAUCAAUUCACUCAUCCCUGGGCCUGGGGAGACGCCCAGCCAAUUCCCUCCACUCCGACCACGCUUUGAUCCAAUUGGCCCAUUUCCAGGACCUAACCCCAUCUUGCCAGGGCGAGGUGGCCCUAGUGACAGAUUUCCCUUCAGACCCAGUAGGGGUCGGCCAACUGACAGCCGCCUGCCAUUCAUGUGAUUGGUCUGUAAUCUCCUUUCUGGAGCUCCAUUUGGUUUUGUUUUUGUUUUUUAAAACCACAGAUGUCAUCUCCUUGGGGUGCUGAUCUCUAGUGUUACUUUCUGAUUGUAGUGGGAGACAAGCACUUCUAGAAGCCUUUCAAUAGAUACAUUUACAGCUCCAGGGGUGGUGUGGCCCAGAGGUUACUCUGUGACAAGGUUGGCCUUGGGAACAGUUGGCUACUGAUUUCCCUACUCUGGAUUCCCCUCUAGAAUGAAGGUUGUUUUCUGAUAAUAUUCUGCACCCGAUUAAAAAAAGUAUAAAUUA